AGCACUUACGCAAUUGGAAAAACCGGCUGAUGAUAAAAAAAUCAUCGCGCAUCCCAAUUCGAUUAAACCAGCAGUUUUAAAUUGAAUUCGAUAAUUGUUUACGCGUUAAAGCAGAAAUUCCCUGUUUAAAAUAACCAUCAAUCUAGUAUUUAAGCUGGUUUUUCGUUGAAGCAGUGGCUUUGUAUAUUCUCAUACGGAAAAAUCGCAGUGGUCAACUGGACAUUUUUGUAACACGAAUUCUCCAAUAAACAGCUGGAUCUGCCUUGUGUACUGGAAUUUUUCAAUCACUCGCCUUCAGCGUUAAUUAGUAAAAAUUUUACGCAAAUUCCAUCAAACUAUCUACGAGUCUGCAAUUAAUUGCAGACGCAUUACAAUAGCAACUUGUGCACGAGCUAUGGCAGAAGGUGGGAGUGGUAGCGAUAGUAGUGUCGGCAGUGUAGUUUGUGUUGAAAAUGGUGUUGAAGGUUCCGGCGUCGGUGAACAUUGGCGUGGCUGCUCGAUGGAGGAGAUCCACAAUGGUUUGAAUGAAUUUGAAUUGGAGCAUGUGCCAGCGGUGCGUCCCAGUGAAACACAUACAGUACUUUACCAUUGCCCGAUACGUGAGCCAGACAGUGUGCCGCCACGACCAUUGCGUGCACAUCACAAGUGGGAUGCGACACAUGUACGUUUGCCUUGCUCCAGCAAAAGUCAAUAUCCUGUCACUGCAGCCGAUGGAAGUUCCACAAUAGAAGCACGUUGGGAAAUGAUUGAAAAAGCACUGUUGCAACCGAUUAAUAACAGUAAAGAACUACAAGCAGCCAUUCUUUCGUACAAUACAAAAUAUGAGAAUCAAUGGAAUUUUCGUGCACUUCACAAACUCCUCGAGGAUGAUUUAGAUGAGAGUGAAGCGCGAGUGUUCUUUGAGGACUUGCUGCCACGUAUCAUACGAUUGGCGUUGCGAUUGCCCGAAUUAGUGCAGGCGCCAAUACCUUUGCUUAAACAGGGCCAGUGUCAUUCGGUCACGUUGUCGCAGCAGCAGAUAUCUUGUCUUUUGGCCAAUGCAUUUUUAUGCACCUUUCCACGCCGCAAUACCAUGAAGAAGCGUUCAGAGUAUAGCACAUUUCCGGAUAUAAAUUUUAAUAGGCUUUUCCAAAGCGGCGGCGGAGCAGUUAUCGAGAAAAUAAAAUGUAUCUGCCACUAUUUUCGACGAGUAUGUCCCACUGAGCGCGACAGCUCUAAUGUGCCCACCGGUGUGGUAACAUUUACACGACGCAGCUUAGCUGCCGGCGAAUUGCCUAAUUGGGCUGAAAUUCAAGCACCACUGGGCGCUACACCGCUACACAUCACUUCUGCCGGCACAAUUGAAGAUCAGGGCCUCGGAUUGCUGCAAGUAGAUUUUGCCAAUAAAUAUCUUGGUGGUGGCGUGCUCGGUGGCGGUUGUGUACAAGAGGAAAUCCGAUUUGUAAUUUGUCCUGAACUACUUAUCUCCAAAUUAUUUACGGAGUGCUUACGUCCAACCGAGGCACUACUAAUGGUCGGUGCUGAACGUUUCAGCGACUAUAACGGCUAUGCGGGCACAUUUGAAUGGGCGGGAAACCAUGAUGACUGCAUACCACGCGAUAGUUCACGACGCCGCCAAACACAUAUAGUAGCUAUUGAUGCACUGCAUUUUAUGCAAUCGCAACAUCAAUAUCGCGAAGAUCUUAUAAAACGCGAGCUGAAUAAGGCGUAUGUCGGAUUUCAGCAUACGCUAAGUACGCCAGCACCUGGCGUGGCUUCAGGUAAUUGGGGCUGUGGUGCAUUCGGGGGUGAUCCACGUCUCAAAGCUUUGCUACAAAUAAUGGUGUGCACUGUCACCCAAAGGCCGCUUGUAUAUUUCACAUUUGGCGAUGCGAAGCUGCGGGACGAAGUGCAUCGCAUGCAUACAUUUUUACUGGAGCAUAAUGUGUGCGUAAAAGACUUGUGGAACUUGCUGACCAGCUAUCAGAGCCAAAAUAUGACACCCAAUGAACUGUACAAUUUUAUCUAUGGAUGCAUUAGCAAUACAUUAAAGCACAGUCCGAAGACGAAAACGAUGUCACCAAAAUGUAAGAAUAUACGCAAUUUAUUAACAUGUUGGUUGAAGCCGCAACAAGCCAAUGCAAGGGAAAUGCCAGUUUCCUCUUCAGCUGCACGUCGAAGUAAUUUGAACCAAGACAUUUUCGCCUCCUCGGAGUCGGAAGUGGAGGCGGAUAGUGUUCCGUCCGAAGAUUCGAUUGUAGCCGUAGAUCCCUCGACCUCUCCCUCGGCCAGCAAAACGAUAGCAGCAAAUGCGCAAAGUAUUGCUGCGACAGAGCAAACCAAGAGCUCGCAGUUACAUGAUAGUGUUGAAAUGGCGAGGAAUGGUAAAAAAUUGUUAGCUGGUAAAUUAGAAAGCGAGCAAACGGAAUUGCAAAUGAAAAAAUCAAAUGUAUCACCUUCAACCGAGAAGCCUACAGGGUCACGCCAACGCUCACUGCUGGAAAUGUUAGACCAAUGCUAUACCACAAAUGCUGGCCCAGAAACCAAACGUAUUUGUCUGAACAAAACUGGAAACUUAAAAUCAACGACACCGACAAAGCAACAAUAAAUUUUUUUUAAUAACAAAUAACAAAUUUUGAACACCAAAUCAAAACGCAUGCAUUCGUGCAUAUUUUGUACUUUAA